CACACAAGCAUACCAUCACCGCAACCCUCUCCACCCAUCACUCCCCGCUGCCACCACCACCACCACAACCCCGAAUCGAGCAUCGCUUAGCUUUCUCCCAUUCCUCCAUCAUUCCAGACCGUCUCAGUCCAUCUGACCAUUCCCCCUCCACCAGCGUAAUUCGCUAACUGCCCCAGCAUCAAAACAAAUAAUAAACCCUCCAACCACCUACCUGCCCGCGGCUCUUUCUAGGGAGAGAGGGGAAAAGAGAGCUAUGACCUCCUUCAUGAACUCAAUAAACCAGAAGACGCGCGCCCCGUUUAAGCCCAAGUCAUCCUCUCGUGGCUCCUCGUCGUACCAACUCCGGCAGUAUGCAGAGCAGACGCUUGGCAGCGGGAGUUUGAGGAAGGUGGUCAAGCUGCCGGAGGGUGAGGACUUGGAUGAGUGGUUGGCAGUUAAUGUGGUCGAUUUUUACAAUCAGAUCAAUUUACUCUAUGGUUCUAUUACGGAGUUUUGCUCGCCCGUGACAUGUCCGGAGAUGAAAGCUACCGAUGAGUUCGAGUACCUCUGGCAGGAUCAGAACAAGUAUAAGCGUCCGACAAAGAUGCCGGCUCCGGAGUAUAUCGAGCACUUGAUGGCUUGGGUGCAGAACAAUAUCAAUAAUGAGCAGAUUUUUCCUUCGAGGAUAGGCGUUCACUUUCCGAAGAACUUCCAGGCUACAGUCAGACAACUUGUCAAAAGACUGUUCAGGGUAUACGCACAUAUCUACUGCCACCACUAUCCAGUUAUCGUAGCGCUUGGAUUGGACCCGCAUAUGAACACCAGUUUCAAGCAUUAUGUUCUCUUUAUCAAGGAGUUUGACUUGGAGAGUGGGAAGGACUUUUACGGGCCUUUGUCGGACAUGGUCGAGACUAUCCUCAAGACAGAUACUUAGCCUCCCACCACGAGAAACGAACAUCUCGUGGCCUCGGGUGGGAUUUUCAUUUUUCCUUUGUUUGGUCUGUUUCUUGAUGGGCGCUUGGGUGAUACCCUUUAUGCAAUGUGGCAUGGUGUACGGUCGGCAUACGGAUGUGUUUUUUCGAAGGGGUGUUGUUAGACUCAGAUAGGCAUGAUUAUUAACUUAUUUCUAACUGCGAGGGAGUUUUUUUGUGUAGGAUAUUCUUGAGGCUAUUUUAGGGUAGCAGUAGUAGUUCUCUCCCUGGCCGGAAUGGAUAAGGCUAGUUUCUCCCGUCAUUAGGGAGGUU